CUGUAGUCGGGUCAUUGCUCACAGCUAAUCCUUAGGUCGCUGGUUCGAAUCCGGCAGGUCGGAUUUUUUUCUCUCAUUUUGUCAUUAGCGACUGGGGCGCAUUUUAGCAAUAUCUUCCUUAAUUGGCACCCUAUAAGCGCACAGCAGAGACCAACCCAUUCCCCCUUCAAAGAAUCAAAAUCACCUGCAUUCCCUACAAAGCUACGAAGAUCCAAAAAACAAAUCUUUGCAGUUUCAGAAGCCAUUUCAAACCCCAAUAUGGCGAACACUUUGCGAUUGUACUUGACGUGCAUACGAAACACUCUCGAGGCCGCCAUGUGUCUUCAAAACUUUCCUUGUCAAGAAGUUGAAAGGCAUAACAAGCCGGAGGUUGAACUAAAGACCAGCACAGAACUUCUCCUAAAUCCCGUUUUGAUUUGCAGAAAUGAGGCUGAGAAAUGCUUAAUAGAAACGUCUAUCAAUUCACUGCGCAUAAGCCUCAAGGUAAAGCAGUCAGAUGAACUUGAAAACAUACUAACGAAAAAAUUUCUUAGAUUUUUAUCAAUGAGGGCUGAAGCAUUUCAAGUAUUGAGGAGAACGCCAGUACAGGGUUAUGACAUUAGCUUUCUUAUAACAAACUACCAUUGUGAGGAGAUGCAGAAGCAAAAGCUCAUAUAUUUUAUCGUGCAAUUCAUGGAGGAUAUCGAUAAAGAGAUAAGCGAACUUAAAAUGUCAAUGAACACACGUGGGAGGCUGGUAGCUACAGAGUUUCUGAAGCAAUUUACCUGAUAUUGAUUGAAGAGAAGUUAUGUAUUGGAAGGAUUGCGAUUCCGGCAUCUAUCAAGAUGUGAAUGAGGAUUGUGAUCCCACAUCUUUCCAUGUUUGAUAUCCCCCGUAGUUUGAGCAUCUAUCAAGAUGUAUCACUUCUUCAAUUAUGUAAUUAUUUUAUUAUCUUUGGCUGGAAGAGAAUAUUGAUUGAAGAAGGUAUAUUGUUCGCUAACCUGAGGGCCUGGAUAGAAGAUUUUCUGCAGGUAGAAGAACCUGCUCGCUUAGUUGUAUCGGAAACCUGGUGAAGUGUUGGCUAGCUCGGUGUGGUUUUUCAAUUAGAUUGGAUACGGUCAAAAGCCGGUCUAACGCAUUUUCCCUGUCCAGCAUUUGGCCAGCCUGCUUGAUCCGUUCCAGCAGGGUAUAAAUGAAAGAAAUGGCAGUGUGAUUUAUUAUUGCA